AGCCUUAUUCAGUCGGUUGUCUUCAACUCUUUACCUCUAUUCCAUUUCAUAUCUCAAUUAAUUACUCCGCCAUUUGGUCAAAUUCACUGUUCAUGUAAGCUCUGUUCAACAUUUCCAGCCCAAAACAUGACGGCUUAUAAAAAUCAGACGCACACAGGCCCUGUAUUAAAGAUUUCAUUUUUUUAUGCGUUUCGGUGAAUAUUCCAUCUGGUUUCAGCUGGCAGCUAGGAAUCAUCAGCUGCAUGAUCAGUUGGACUAUGAUCUUUGGAUAAUAGUCCCUCAAGAAAUAGUCGAGUGAGGGGAAAAGCAUUGUGUUGGUAGUCUGAUUUGAAUAAGGUGAGGAGGAGGUUUAGUGGGGGUCAUGUUCUCUCUCCAGAAGUGGAAGUGCUCAUGGUCCCUAGCUGCCACGGUUGCUGCAACUUUGGCAGUGGUUUCAGUUGUUCAUCUAUUUCUGUAUCCCUUGGUUCCUCCUUUGGAUUAUUUGAGCAUUAGUCAAGCCCAGAGUGUCUGUGUUCCUAUAAAUGGAUCCACCGGAGGUGGUGAAAAGUAUGUCAAUGGAAUGGAUUCGAAAGAAGGGAUAACUGACCAUCCUAAGGAAGAUCCUCACCCGGUGGUGGACCUGAAUGUUCUGUAUCCGGCUGAUUCUCUUAAAGCUGUCACAUACCGUGGUGCUCCAUGGAAGGCUGAGAUUGGCCGAUGGUUAUCUGGCUGCGACUCUGAUGUGAAUACAGUUAAAGUUAUUGAGAAAAUUGGAGGCAAGAGAUGCAAAAAUGAAUGUAGUGGUCAAGGCAUUUGUAAUCGAGAUUUGGGUCAAUGCCACUGCUUUCAUGGAUUUAGCGGGGAAGGAUGUUCCGAGAAAAUGCAGUUGAGCUGCAACUAUCCUGCAUCUGAAAAUCUACCAUACGGGCACUGGGUUGUGUCUAUUUGUCCAGCUGAUUGUGACACGUCUAGAGCCAUGUGUUUCUGUGGAGAAGGUACUAAGUACCCAAAACGGCCUGCUCCUGAGUCAUGUGGAUUUAAAAUAAACGAACCUACAGAACCUGGUGGCCCACGUCUGACUGAUUGGGGUGUAGCUGAUAUGGAUAUUUUCACCACAAAUAGUAGUAUCCGGGGUUGGUGUAAUGUCGAUCCGGCUGAAGGCUAUGCUGGCAAUGUCAGCAUAAAAGAGGAAUGUGACUGCAAGUAUGAUGGCCUUUGGGGCCGUUUCUGUGAAACACCCGUCCAAAGUGUUUGUAUUAACCAAUGUUCUGGGCAUGGACAUUGUCGUGGUGGUUUUUGUCAGUGUGAAAACGGCUGGUAUGGAGUAGAUUGUAGCAUUCCUUCUGUUUUAUCAUCCAUUGGGGAGUGGCCCAAAUGGCUUCGACCUAGUCAUAUCGAUGUUCCAGACAGUGCACAGCUCACAGGAACUCUUUUCGAUCUUGAUGCUGUAGUUGAGAAGAAAAGACCUCUUAUAUAUGUAUACGAUUUGCCCCCCGACUUCAAUAGUCUUCUCCUAGAGGGACGGCAUUUCAAGAUGGAGUGCGUUAACAGAAUAUAUGACGACAGAAAUGCAACAAUAUGGACCGAGCAACUGUAUGGUGCUCAGAUGGCAAUCUAUGAAAGUAUGCUUGCAAGUCCUCACAGGACCCUAAAUGGUGAUGAAGCAGAUUUCUUCUUCGUUCCAGUGCUCGAUUCUUGUAUCAUAACUAGGGCUGAUGAUGCACCUCACUUGACCAUGAAGGAUCACCAUGGAUUGCGGAGUUCCUUGACACUCGAGUUCUAUAAGAAUGCGUAUGAGCACAUUAUGCUGCAGUAUCCGUACUGGAACCGGACAGAAGGAAAGGAUCAUAUCUGGUUCUUUUCAUGGGACGAAGGUGCUUGCUAUGCUCCCAAGGAAAUAUGGAAUAGUAUGAUGCUAGUCCAUUGGGGUAACACAAAUUCAAAGCAUAAUGGCUCGACAACAGCGUAUUGGGCUGAUAACUGGAGUACCAUAUCCUCCGAGAGAAGAGGAAACCACACGUGUUUCGACCCAGAGAAAGAUCUUGUGCUUCCUGCAUGGAAACGCCCUGAUGAGGGCUCUCUAACUGCAAAAUAUUGGACUAGGCCUCGUAAAGAAAGAAAGACGCUGUUCUAUUUCAACGGAAAUCUGGGACCAGCAUACGAGCAUGGAAGGCCUGAAGCUACGUAUAGCAUGGGCAUAAGGCAGAAGGUGGCCGAGCAGUUCGGGUCGAGUCCGGAUAAGGAAGGGAAGCUUGGCAAGCAGCAUGCAGAAGAUGUAGUUGUGACAUCCAAACGAGCUGAGGAUUAUCAUCUAGAAAUAGCGAGCUCCAUCUUCUGUGGAGUUAUGCCGGGAGACGGGUGGAGUGGUCGGAUGGAAGAUAGUAUACAUCAAGGGUGCAUCCCCGUCGUUAUUCAGGAUGGAAUCUACCUACCAUAUGAGAAUUUUCUCAAUUACGACAGCUUUGCUGUUCGGAUACGAGAGGAUGAGAUCCCAAAUCUGAUAAAUAUUCUUCGGAGCAUGAAUGAAGCUGAAAUAGAACUCAAAUUGGCAAAUGUGAGAAAAAUCUGGCAGAGAUUCUUGUAUUGCGAUUCAGUCAUGCUAGAAGCUGAUAGGCAGAACGCCACAAUUGGCCUCACUGAAGACUGGGCUGCAAAAUUCAAAGAAAUUGAAGGAGACGAUGCCUUCACCACGUUAGUGCAGAUACUACACUAUAAGCUGCAUAAUGAUCCUUGGAGACGUUCGGCUCGCCAGAAGAAAAACUUUGGUCUACCAAAUGAAUGAUUGAUGACUCCUCCAUCACCAUGAACUGCAUGAGACAUCAGAAGAGAAAAGCUGUGGCAAUGCUGCAUAGCUCAAAAUCGAGCUGCUAACUCUUCCCACGACGUCUCUGCAAGAACUGUGUUGGAGCCACAAAUAAGUUGAGUUUAAAGCCAGAAUUUGAGGAAAGAAAUGUAUAUGUAGAGAAGAAGGGAUUUUUUGUUUCACUUUCUGUGGUUCUUGAAUUUUGCAUAUAUCAUAGUAGGAGAUAAGAGUUCUUAUUCAUUGAGAAACAAUAUACUAACAAAAAGUAGAAUAAGCUUUUUGAUUCAUUUGUUUGUUAUGGUUGAUGAUAAACAAUAAAGUAAUAUAGUGUUAUGGAAUGAAAUUGGAUGGCCAUUUCUACAGCAA